AAUACUAUGGUAAUAAUUGACCUACAAUAACAAUAAAUGAAUUCGUGUCUAAAUUAUUAUAGGUGUUUUGUAUAUUAAUUAAGCACAUUGAGAUACUAUUAAUUGCAUUGUCGUAAUAGAACUAUAAAAUGUUCGAUUGUUGUAGUUAAGCUUUUAUGGUUGAUUGAAAUACGCCACAAGAAAAACAAUGACGGCUAGGAUGGACCCUAAUUACAUCAUCAGUCGUGUGCGUCGUACUCUUGACAAUUCUUUGAGAGAUGAAAACUAUUACAUGGCACAUCAAUUGUAUAAAUCACUUUAUUCUAGGUAUUUAGCUAUACAAAAAAAAGGAGAUGCUAUAAGAACUCUGUUUGAAGGAGUUAUUGUUUUACUUGACAAACAUCAGAAUGUUAGUGCUAUUGAUUUAUCACAAGUAUUUGCUAAAUCUUUAUCUACACAUCGUAUUCUUCCUAAUGAUGACAUUUUUGAAUAUAUUAAAAAUAUGUUCAAAAAGUUUGGACCCUCAUUAAGUUCAGAGCGCGACGCUAUGUUAACCACAAUUCUUCAGUGGACUAUUGACUUCUGUCCAGAAUUUCCACAUGGCCAUCCAAGUUUACACAAAUUGAUUGGAUUUGUUUAUUGGUCAGAGACAAAUUAUUCUUCAGCACAAUAUCAUUACUUAAGAUCAACUGAUGGCUUAGGAUUUGCUGCAAUGUUAGUAGAGUUGCAUAAAACUCGAGGUUUUAAACAAGAAGUAGAUUUAUUUAUUGCACAAGUAGUACUGCAAGGUUUAUGUGUUCGCAACAAAGUUAUAGCACAAUCCACAUUUCAAUCUUAUACUAAAUUACAUCCAGCAAUCAAUGACAAACCUCCGUACAUAUUACCAUUAUUAAACUUUCUAUGUUUUCUUUUGAAAAUUUUAGACAGUGGCAAAUUGAAGACAUAUGUAGUGCUCUGUGAACAGUAUCAAACAUCAUUAACAAGAGAUCCAAGCUAUACAGAGUAUUUGGAUAAGAUUGGGCAGUUGUUUUUUAAUGUUAAGCCAGUUGAAAGAAGACCUAGACAACCUAAUGGACUAUUAGGUAAUUUACUAAGUUCACUAAUGAGUGACUGUGAUCAUGAUGCAGAACCACGUCCUUCUUCAUCACGUCCAAUGGAUGUAGAACCAUUAGAUUAACUUGAAAUACAUUUCUUUUUUUUAUUAAAAUAAUAUAUGUUUUAAAAUAAUUUAUAAUACGAGAAACUAAAAAAUUGUUUUAUGCAAAAUUUACCAAGGUGUUGAUCAGUAAGCAUUUAUGUUAUUUCUUUUAAUUUAUUGUAUGCAAUUGUAAACAUAUUUAAUAUUGGUGUUGCUUAAUUUUUAAAUUCAUAAAUUAUAGUCUUAACAGUUGUAAAUUAAUAUGAGCAUAACACACAUUUGCAAACAAUAAAAAUUGUAUAUCUAAUAA